UUGUGCAUCAAGAUCCAAGUCUCCUUUCAUGAAGGAUAGUUUUUGUUUUUUCAUGCAAAAGCCAAGUUCAUGAAGUAGAUCUCCCAACAUGCCUGCAUUACCCUCUUUCACUGUGACAUUAUCUUGGUAAAUAUCUCCCAAAUAAAGUUUCAACAUCCAUGACACCAAAAAACACCUAUUGGAAGCAUGGAAGACGUCAGCUAGCUCAUUAUCAUCCAUACAAUGUGCAAGAGGAUAGUUGAAGAACAAGAGGCAAUCUUUAAUAUCACAAAAUAUUGUUUCCUGUGAGAGUUCCAUUGCACUGUUGAAUUUAUAUCCUUAUAUCAUUUUUUGAGCAAUAUUUUCAAACUUGCCGCCGAACUAUGUGCAUACAUGCGCAUGUUCAAGUUCAAUACCUGUUCUUUUUAUUGGCGGAACUGAAAAGAGAGGGUGCAUGAUGAAAACAAAGUAAUCCGGGUCCCGGAACCGGGAGGGAUGAAUUUUUAAUGAUUUGAGAUAAUCAGAAAAUGGCGAGUGUUGUGUUUAUCAAAUUAAUAGGAAAUGUAGUAUUCUCAUAACUAAACAAAUAUACCAAGUUCAUCAUCAUCUACAAAUGCUCCUGUUUUCUUUGGAAUGUUUAAUUAAUUCAAUUUCUUGUUGAAAUACGACCUAUCUACAUCGUGAAAUAAUAAGACAAAGACAAAUAAUGUCAGGUCACUCUCCGCAAAGCAGCCCAAUGCCUCCACCACAGGCUCCCAGUCCAAUGGGCCCCCCUAGCCAAAGUCCUGUUCCUUCUCACUCGCCUCACAGUCCUUAUCAACCCUCAAUGAGCCACAUGAACGGUCCCCCACACCCUAUGACUUCACCUGGACAUCCUUCCAUGCCUCCCACUUCGAUGCCAAGUUCAAACCAUCCUAUGCCAUCACACAUGCCCCCACAUGGUUCUCAUCCUCCGGGUCACAUGGGUCCUUUGCCUCAGGGGCCUCCCAUGCAAAUGGGACCAGGAGGCCCACCACCUCAUCAGGGAUCACCCCACCAGGGGCCUCAUCAGGGGUCUUCGCAUCAAGGGUCACCUCAUCAGGGUUCACCUCAUCAGGGGUCUUCUCAUCAAGGACCUCCCCAUCAAGGUCCUCCUCAUCAGGGGCCUACUCAUCAGGGGCCUCCUCAUCAGGGGCCUCCUCAUCAAGGACCUCCCCAUCAGGGAUCUGCUCACCAGGGAUCUGCUCACCAGGGACCUCCUCAUCAGGGUCCUCAUCAGGGAUCCCACCAGGGACCUCCUCACCAGGGACCUCCACAUCAGGGACCUCCUCAUCAGGGAUCUCCUCAUCAAGGACAUCAUCAUCAGGGAUCUCCUCAUCAGGGACCUCCUCAUCAAGGACCUCCUCAUCAAGGACCUCCUCAUCAAGGACCUCCUCAUCAAGGACCUCCUCAUCAAGGAUCUCAUCAAGGACCUCCUCAUCAGGGGCCUACUCACCAAGGGCCUCCUCAUCAGACAUCUCAUCAUAUGCCUCCAAACCAUCCUGGAGGCUCGGGCCAUUCAGGAGGGCCACCGCAAGGGCAUAUGGGACAACAGGGACACGAGAUGCCACCCAUGGGAGGGUCACAUGGAGGAAAUAUGCAGCCACAAUACCCUGGGCAUCCUCCAUCUCCACAGUCAGGGCAGCCAGUGCCACCUAUGGGACAUCCACCACAGAGACAGAAUCUGUCACCUGGUCCGCCAGCAACUUCUAGCACCGGUCCGCCUCCCCAAGGCCAAGAAAACCUGAACGCUCUCCAGAGGGCCAUCGACAGCAUGGAAGAGAAAGGAAUGCAAGAAGAUCCGAGAUAUUCACAGUUGUUGGCCCUCAGAGCUAGGAGUAACGGAUCAAAUUCUGUAUUCAGUCAAUCUCAGAUGACCCAAUUGAGGAACCAAAUCAUGGCAUAUCGAUACUUGGCAAGGAAUCAACCUGUACCACCUCAAAUUCUGAUGGCAUUACAAGGAAAAAGACCGGAUGGUUCCCCGCAGAGUCCAACUCCGCCACCUGCAAAUCCUUUUCCACCAGGAAACUCUGGAACGCAUCAGGGCGGCCCUAGUGAAUUGACAGAACCUCCUGUAUGUGAAAGUGGACCUGUGCAGCCUCAGCCGAUGAGGCCACCCUGCCCACCAAAUGUGCAACCUGGUAUUCCUCAAGCUCCUACAGGUCCUCCGCCUGUGCAUUUACCACCUCAGCCACCACCGCAGAACUUCAAACCCCAUGGGAUGCCUCCGGCUCCCACACAGAUGCAGAUGGGCGCAGGCCCGCGUCCUCCAGGACUUCAACCUUCUCAUCCUCACCCCCACCCACAACAGCAACCUCACCCGCAACCUCAACCGCACCACCAUCAAACAGCCAAACAGAACAGGAUCACGGCCAUACCGAAACCGUCUGGAGUUGAUCCCGUGCUGUUACUCCAGGAAAGAGAGAACAGAGUGGCGGCAAGAAUACAAGCACGAAUGGAACAACUCUCGAACCUACCGACAAACAUGUCCGAAGAGCUCAGAAUGCAAAUCCAAAUUGAACUGAGAGCUCUGCGCUGCCUCAAUUUCCAAAGGCAGUUGAGGAACGAAAUACUUGCCUGCACAUUACGUGACACAACAUUAGAGACAGCAGUAAACCCCAAGCAAUAUAAGCGCACCAAAAGGCAAGGUUUGCGUGAAGCUAGAGCAACGGAAAAACUCGAGAAACAACAGAAACUCGAAGCUGAGCGCAAAAAAAGACAGAAGCAUCAAGAGUUUCUCACUUCAGUGUUGCAGCACUCCAAGGAUUUCAAGGAGUUCCAUCGUAAUAAUCAAGGGAAGCUUUCUAGGCUCAAUAGGUCUAUCAUGAAUUACCAUGCAAAUGCCGAGAGGGAACAGAAGAAAGAACAAGAGAGGAUCGAGAAAGAACGUAUGAGGAGGUUAAUGGCUGAAGAUGAAGAGGGUUAUAGGAAGCUCAUUGAUCAGAAAAAAGAUAAACGUUUAGCAUUCUUGCUAUCGCAAACUGAUGAGUACAUCAGCAAUCUCACUGAAAUGGUCAAACAACACAAGUUGGAACAGAAGCGUAAGCAACAGGAAGAAGAGAAAAGAAAAAAGAAAAAGAGGAGGAAGAAAUUAUGCCUAGAACGUCUUUUGAACCCAGACGAUGAUGAUGAGUCGCAAGGGUCAGAUAGACCGAUAUCUGUCAUUGAAACAGCAACUGGUAAAAAACUCUCUGGAGAAGAAGCACCCCUACUCAGCCAGCUACAAGAGUGGUUGUCGCAGAAUCCUGGGUGGGAGAUCGGCGAUACAGAUGAUGAAGACUCUGAUGAAGAGGAUGAAGAUGAAGAUCAAGAUAGUAAGCCAAAAUCCAAGAAGCUGAAAUCAGAAGACGACAAAACAAAAUCUGUCAUCAAAAAGGCAAGGGUGGAAGACGACGAAUAUCACAAAAACUCAAUUGAGGAACAAACAUACUACAGCAUAGCUCAUACUGUACACGAAAUAGUAACAGAGCAGUCUUCUAUCAUGAUAAAUGGUGUACUCAAGGAGUACCAAGUCAAGGGCUUAGAGUGGCUGGUUUCUCUCUACAACAACAAUCUCAAUGGUAUACUCGCCGAUGAGAUGGGAUUGGGUAAGACCAUUCAAACGAUAGCUUUGAUCACUUAUUUGAUGGAGAAGAAGAAAGUGAAUGGGCCUUUCCUGAUCAUCGUUCCAUUAUCAACUUUGUCGAAUUGGGUGUUGGAAUUUGAGAAAUGGUCACCUUCUGUGAUUGUAGUUUCUUAUAAAGGUUCUCCUGCAGGAAGAAGGCAGAUCCAAAGUCAAAUGAGAUCUACUAAAUUCAAUGUUCUGCUAACGACCUAUGAGUAUGUUAUAAAAGAUAAAGGUGUGCUUGCUAAGCUUCCUUGGAAAUACAUGAUCAUUGACGAAGGUCACAGAAUGAAGAAUCAUCAUUGCAAAUUAACACAAGUUUUGAAUACCCAUUAUCUUGCACCACAUCGUUUGCUACUGACUGGUACGCCACUGCAAAAUAAGCUUCCUGAAUUGUGGGCACUCCUGAAUUUCCUGCUACCUUCUAUUUUCAAGAGUUGUUCCACUUUCGAGCAAUGGUUCAACGCUCCUUUUGCUACUACAGGAGAGAAGGUUGAACUGAAUGAAGAAGAAACCAUUCUCAUCAUCAGACGUUUGCAUAAAGUUCUUCGACCGUUCCUUCUGAGACGUUUAAAGAAGGAAGUUGAGUCUCAAUUACCAGAUAAAGUAGAAUAUAUAAUAAAAUGUGAUAUGUCCGGUUUACAAAAAGUUUUAUAUCAGCAUAUGCAAAGCAAAGGGGUUUUGCUCACAGACGGUUCUGAAAAAGGUAAUAAAGGAAAAGGGGGAUCGAAAGCUCUAAUGAACACCAUAGUUCAGCUCAGGAAGCUUUGUAACCACCCAUUUAUGUUCCAAAAUAUCGAGGAAAAGUACUGCGAUCAUGUGGGGAUAGCUGGUGGUGUUAUUUCAGGGCCCGAUAUUUUUCGUGCAUCAGGUAAAUUCGAAUUGCUAGACCGUAUUUUACCAAAACUCAAAGCGACCAAUCACCGAGUGUUGCUUUUCUGUCAAAUGACUCAACUCAUGACCAUUAUGGAGGACUAUCUAGGCUAUCGUGGAUUCGGGUAUCUACGUUUAGAUGGUACGACAAAAGCAGAGGAUAGAGGAGACCUGCUGAAGAAGUUUAACGAAAAAAGAGCAGAAUACUUCAUAUUUCUGUUGUCUACUAGAGCUGGUGGCUUGGGUCUGAACUUGCAAAGUGCUGAUACUGUGGUGAUAUUUGAUUCUGAUUGGAAUCCUCAUCAGGACCUUCAAGCGCAAGAUCGUGCUCACAGAAUCGGUCAACAAAAUGAAGUUCGAGUCUUACGAUUGAUGACGGUAAAUUCUGUUGAGGAGCGGAUCUUGGCGGCAGCCAGAUAUAAGCUGAACAUGGACGAAAAAGUUAUUCAAGCCGGCAUGUUUGAUCAAAAGUCAACCGGAUCCGAAAGACAACAGUUUUUGCAGCACAUAUUACAUCAAGAUGGAGAUGAUGAAGAAGAAGAAAAUGAGGUUCCAGAUGAUGAAACAGUUAAUCAAAUGGUGGCUAGAUCGGAACAAGAAUUCGAGUUAUUUCAAAAAAUCGAUUUGGAAAGGAGGAGAGAAGAAGCGAAAUUGGGUGCGGCUAGGAAGCCGCGUUUGCUGGAAAUCAGCGAACUUCCUGAUUGGCUAGUGAAAGAAGAUGAUGAAGUCGACCCUUGGAAUUAUGAUGAUAAUGACAGUAUACUUGGUAGGGGAACGCGUCAAAGAAAGGAAGUCGAUUAUACGGAUAGUUUAACGGAAAAAGAAUGGAUGAAGGCAAUAGAUGAUACCGACGAAUAUGUGGAAGAGGAAGAAGAGGAAGAGAAAUCUAAGAAGAAGAAAGGAGCACGUAAGAAGAGAAAACGAGGUGAAGACUCGGAUAGUGAGGUGGGAACAAGCAGCAAGAAAAAGAGCAAAACCCAAAGUACAGACAUGAGUUUGAAAAAACAGAUGAGGAAACUUAUGGCUAUUGUUACGAAAUAUAAUGACAGUGACGGCAGACUUUUGAGUGAACCAUUCAUGAAGCUACCUCCCAGAAAAGACUACCCAGAUUACUAUGAAAUCAUCAAGAAACCUAUUGAUAUCAAUAAAAUAAUGAAUCGAAUUGACGAGGGAAAGUAUUCCGACUUCGCCGACCUCGAACGCGACUUCAUGCUGCUCUGCCAGAACGCCCAGAUAUACAACGAGGAGGCCUCGUUGAUCCACGAAGACAGCAUCGUCCUCCAGUCGGUCUUCUCUAAUGCCAAGCAGCGCAUAGAGAUGGACGGCGGCAGCCAAGGUGGUGGGGAAUCUGAGCAAGAAGAUGAGAAAGAAGAAGGGGACAAGUCGGACGGAGAGACGACGAUGAAAAUGAAGAUAAAGCUCAAGAAUAAGAAACUCGGCACCAGGCGCAAGCGCACUCAAAAGAAGUAUGUGUCCGAUGACGAUGAGGAUGACGAUGAUUGAGAUUGGUCAUGGCUAAUUUUCUAAGGCAAGAUUCUUUAACAGGUAUGUAUGUGGAUAUCAAAAUUGGAACCGUUCGUAAGAUAAGGAUUUGUGCUACUAGAAUCUCGUUUUUUCAUUUCUCAGCUCUAAUCUAGAGAAAAAUGCAUCACACAUUCAUCUCUCAUAGUCCGAAUUCCCUAUUGACCUGAAAGAUAGGCCCAUCUUUCGUAGAAAUGGUAGUGUGUUCUAUUUUAACAACCAAUACAAAAACAACCUCACUCAAGAUUUUUCAACUCGAAAUGCCGAGAACAAAUUUUUUUCAUAUUAUAAAAAGAGGCUGAUAUAAAAAAAAUCACGCUUCCUUACCAUGUUCUGAUAUGAUUUUGAAAAGAACUAUUACCAAUGAAUCUGUCAUUAGAUUUUAUAUCAUUAAGAUAUAUCAUAAUAAUUUAGCUAACAUGGUUUCAAUUGAAGGUACCUACUUGUCUUUCAAUUAGAGGUUUUAUUGUUUUUUGUGUUAUUGCAAAUUCUCAUUGUAUAUAAUUCAGGCAAACAUAUUAUGUUUGUUUACUUUUUUACUCAAGCAAUUGAAUAAUCUCAUUCAUUGAAUUGACUUGUUAUUGAAAGAUAUUGUUGAUGAUGGCUCAGUUUUCAUACUGUCAGUUAUGAAUCUCUAGAUGUAUCAGUUGGUCUUUUAUUCUCAAAUCUUGGAUACCUUCUCGAAACUUGUUCAUUUCAUGAUUUCAUUAUUGGAGUUAUCUUAGAUAUCUAGAUAGAAAAGCUUCGAUUCUUUUUCAAUUGAAUAAAGCUACAGGAUGUAUGUAUAAAGAGGGUGUUAUUUUAGUAGGAUGUCAAACCUUACCAAAAACUUGUCCCUUACUACUACAAAUAACACUGCCAAAUUUCAACAAAAUUGGGUGAAGGAUUCCCAUGAUAUUUAAAAAGAACCCUUUUUUUUUUUUUAAUUUGACAUCAUUCAAGAAAACUAUGCAUUUCCGGACCUACGUUUAUAUGAAAGUUUCGUCUCAUAAGGCCUGUUCGUUUGUAUUGCUAAACUGGCUAAAGUUGAUUUUUCAUGCUAUGAUGUAAACAAAGAAAGUCAUAGAAAAAAAUCAAGUUCAGCAGGUUGAGCAAGCACAAACGAACAGGCCUAUAAUCACCUAAGAAAUCACCCCUUGAAGUUUGGCCAGAUACUAAAAUAACACCCUGUAUAUACAAAUAGGUAUAUAAGUGUAUAUAAUAUGAGGGAAAAUUGUGAUUUCCCAUUUGAUGAAAUAGUAAAUUAUUUUAGUUCUAGCUGCAGCAAAAGCGGGAUAAAGAAUUUUUUAUGAAUACUCAGUAUUGAUACAUUAUUUAGGAAUGUUUUUGGCUGUGUGAUUCGUGAUAUUUUUCCAUUUAUUCAGGGUGUUUGAUCAAGGUUGAUCACCGACGGGAUCUUGUUUUUUAUAGGGACCUGUUAUAUAUUCUUGAAAUAUUACUGAUAUACAGGAGUUACAGAGGAUUGUAGUGCAUCAGGUCGAUAUAUUUUUUUCUCGAUAUUUACACAGGAGCGUCGAUAAAUUGAGGUUUACGAAACCUACUUCAAUGUAUAUUUUUGUAAUUCGUUCAAGUUUAAACUUGUGCCAUGUGAACACUUCACUUUUACUAACGCCAUUGUGUAAUUUUUCGUAAUUGUCGUGAUCACUAAUUCUUAGCCAAGAAAUAAAGAUAUCCAAAUUUGAAAAAAAAGACAUACAAUUCCCUAAAUUUCUUGAAAAAACUAAAUUGUUCUGACUUUCUCUAUUGCCCUGACAUAAUUCAAUAUCCUGUAUAUCCUCAAUGAACUCUACUAGGGGAUAUAUAAAGUAGUAGGUCCUGAAUAUUCCUCAAAUAUCUAUCUAUCAUCCAUUUGUAUUCUAGUGGAGUGAAAAAUUUAUAAUAUAAUGGCUUUUUCAUAUGUAUCUCCUUCAUCAUAAAUAUUUUUCGGUUGGAGAAAGAGGAAAUGAUACGAACACCAAACACCCUGUGUACUCAUUUUCUGCAAUACAAUUCAUUUCAGCAUGCUCAACUAAUUCUCACGCAGGAAUUGAUUGAUUAUUCAGAUUUUAUGAGAAUGAUAGAUUUUGAAUCAUUUUCGAGUGUUCCAGAUAUGAUAAUUCAUAUUUCAGUUCUCCUAGAUGUUAUAUGUAUAUUAGAUGUUUCAGAUACUUUUCAGCUCUGAGCUUGAUGUGCAAUUUCAAUUAUUUGGUAGCUUCUGAUCAGCAGAUGACAAUUAUUUAUUUUCAUUUUUGUCACUGCUUGAGAAUCCCACACAUAAUUCCUAUCUCAAAAAACAAAAAUAUAUUUCAACAAAUGAACUUUGUUAUGUGAUUAUACUUUAAACUUUUUUAUAUGUAUGUUUGUUGUGUACAUUCAGUCUAGUCUAAAUUAUUGUGAUAUUCAUUGAACUUAUAAAAAUGUGAAUCUGUAGAUAAUGGGAAUUAUGACUUGGGAAUCAAGUGAAAUGCUUACAUACAGGCGAUCUCUGGUAUACAUGUUUAAUUUUAAGAUUUGUGCCGUUUCUGUGCCAUAUUCCGAAAAAGUGCAAUAUUUUUCUUUUUGUAAAAUUGAAGUAUUUUCUAGAGUUAAUGCUUCGUGUGACACUAUAAGUAAAAGCAUAAAUAUAUGAUAUAUGAAUCUGUUUUUCAUUUUACACUGCAAAAUGACCCCUUGUUUUUUAGAAUGAUAAAACAUAUUUCGAAUUUUCCAUAUUUUCGAGGGUUAGACAUUUCGUAUUGUGAGGUUGGCUUCAAAGAUGUCAAAUAUCGAAUGGAAAUCGUAUCGGGCGCCACUGUCAAAAUUAUUGAUCAUUCACUUUUGAAUUGUAAAUGAUCGAAAAUGACUGCAUGAACAACUGAAGCGCCAAUCUGUGACCAGUGCCAAACGAAUCUGUCGGUGAAACAUAUUGUAGUGAUAUACCUAUUCAGAAUUGAAGGCUUUAUUCAACUGAAAACUAUACUGACAAAUUAUCAUCAUUGAUAGAUUGACAACGUCAUAAUAAACUUGACUAACAAAUUAUAAACAUAUACAGAGUACAAAUUUCACCACAUUCUCCGCCACUUAAUUUAGAAUGAAAUCAUUUAAGUGCUUUGGAGGUUGCCUUUUUCUAGUAGGUCUAGUUUCUUUGUUAGCAUCCCCUGGAUCGACGCAUAUUCGGUUAUUCAGUUCUCUAUCUUCCAUAGUUUCUGAAUGAGUAUUCAUUAACUCCCUUGGGUUCUCAUUAUCGUCAGAUGUUUCAGAUUGUAUGGUCAAUCCAAAAUCCGAAGUAGAAGCACGAUCGCAGUUUUCUUGAUGAGGAGUAGUGAUAGUUUCAUGUUGAGGAUCCGUGAUUAACAUAUCAGAUUCAGGGUUAUCAUUUUUGAAAAGUAGGGUUACA